UGGAGUGUGGCACUGUACAAAAUGCUGCUGCAGAUACUGUGGUGAAAUUUCUAUGGAUUCUACUAAAAAAAACAAUGGAAUUGAUUCUUCAUUACUCUCAUGCAGCCAGUGUGAGGCAAAAUAUCAUCAGGAUUGUGUUGCUCAAUUUGAAUCAAUUUCUCCCAUUUCAUUGAACCUGAGUAGUGCUUUUUGUACCCAAAGUUGCAGAAAGGUUUUUGAAGGAUUGCAGAAGAUUCUUGGGACCAAGAAUGACUUGGGAGCUGGAUUUUCAUGGAGCAUUAUUAGGCGAUUUGAUGAGGAUGUUUCUAUGUAUAAGUUGGAGUUGCAUCAAAUGGCAGAAUGCAACUUGAAGAUUGCUGUUGCUCUAGCCAUUUUGGAUGAGUGCUUUCUGCCGAUUGUUGACCAGAGAAGUGGUUUUAACGUCAUUCAUAAUGUUGUCUAUAAUUGUGGAUCAAAUUUUAAUCGUCUGAACUAUAAGAGUUUCUGCACAAUAAUUUUGGAGCGUGGUGAUGAAAUUAUCUCUGCAGCCUCUAUCAGGAUCCAUGGAACCAGGCUGGCAGAAAUACCUUUUAUUGGGACAAGAAACAUGUAUAGACGCCAAGGCAUGUGCCGCCGGCUUCUUGGUGGAAUUGAAUCACUUCUCUGUUCGCUCAAUGUUGAAAAGCUGGUUAUAUCCAGCAUUCCCGAGCUACAGGAUGCAUGGACUAAGGUAUUUGGCUUCAUGCCUCUUAAUGGUUUUCAAGAAAAGGAAAUUAGAUCUGCAAAUAUAUUGGUUUUUCCUGGUACAUAUUUAUUCGACAAGACAUUGCCAAAGAUGCUUUCUCCUGAAAAACCUACACCGGUUCCUGGAGUUGUAACAAUCGAAAAUGACGUUGAGCAAUAGGCAAAAAUAACACACUCCUGGGUCUGCUACUGAGCCAACCUCCAUGCCUCUUCUCAGACUGCUGUAUAUCGUGUAAGUGUGCCUCAAGCCUAACCUACAUUUCAAGCAGACUUUGACCGAGCAAAAACCUGGCUUGAUUCUUGAGAUAUCCAUGGCUGCUAAUCAUGAAAGGAAAGAGAGUGAUUCUGGUACCAUGAAUAACCUGCCAUAGUGUAUAUCAGGAGUUUUGUUAAUUAUAAGCUGGAGAAGAAGUUUUAUCAUUUGAGUAUAAGCUUCAAUGCACGAAAAAAAAAACUUCACCAAGUUUGGCCAAAGAACAAUGCUCAUUUUUAAAUCUGCUGAAUCUCCUCAUGCAAAUCAGGUUCUAAAGUAUAAAGUUCCUAUCUCUAUGACAAAUGCUAAAGCUCUCUUUUCUUUGGAAGGAUAUAAGUUUUGUCAGGGUUAAGACAUUUAUGGAAAGCCCUCAAAAUGUUUUUCAUCUUUUCCAUAAUCUUUGGCUCUGAUGAACAUGUGGGAAGUACAUGUGGCUGCUGAGAUCCAACUCAAAUUGCACACUAAUAUAUGUUGACUUCUUAAAAUAAGUUCCAUCUUUACUCAUUUGGAACUUUCAUGGUCUGCUAUUGUAGUUGCCAAAUUCAGCAACAGAGUUCAUAUGGAAGCUAUGUGACUCAUUCUUUGACCACAUUUUUCUGUUGCUAUCAAUCUGUUAGUUUUAAGAUAGUGUUGAGAAUAGUCAAUAACUUUGUAAAGAUUGCCCAAUAAGUUUAUCUUGUAUAGAAGGUUGGCAAUUAAUUUUGUUAGCUUGGGUAGAAGAUUGUAUAGGUGUCAAUUGAUUUUACAGCAUUGUGUAGAAGAUUGUAUGGCGGCUAUAUAUCAAUUUUUAAAGCUUGUAUAGCCUCAUUUUUA